AAUUUAAUGCUCUGAAACGUCUAACAUGUUUUUUUUGGAAUAGUUGGUCGAUGAUAAAUGACCGUUCGCUUACGGUUACUUGUCGUUAGUUGCCAGUGUAGCAGCUAGCUAGGGGCUAGCUUAGCUAAUGUCAGCUAGCUCGGCUAACGUUGGUGUUUGACGUCACGGUAGCGAGUUUUAAGAGUUUAUAUUAACAGUCAAUGUUGUGGAUUAACACGAUGAAUGCAUCAACGUGAUGUAACAAAGCGUUGCAGCAGGUUAUCGUGUUAUAUAAAAAAGAUAUAUAUAUAUGUGUAUUUUUUUUAAUAUUAUAAAUACAUGAAGCAUUUUUAAAGAGGUUGUUAGAGGCUGUAAAUCAUUAUCUCAUAAAUAUUUUUAACUCAAAUCUUUUUUCAAAACAAGCUCAGCGGGUCAUUAUAGCCUUUAGAGAAUAUUACUCAAACAGAAGGAAACUGCAUUUGUUGUGGAAUGUGUGGAAUGCGGAUGCACGUUUAUUGACACGUGAUGCAGGACGUGAGCACGGGCCGGACCCUCCCGCAUGAUGUCCCUUUAACCUUCCGUGUUUUUGUUUUCUUUGGUCUGAGGUCAGCUGAUCAAUCCGCUGUGUUUGCGGCCUGAGUCUCGGAUGCUUUGACGGAAUGAGCGGCGCCGACACGGAGAAGGAACCUGCGGCUUACCGACGGGUCGUGUUGAAGAACGCCUCGCCGUACCACUACAUGAAGGUCCGCCUCGUUUUGGAGGAUGAGUCCACCAAACUGAGUGCAGUCGAGCUGAAGCAGUUCAUCGUCACCGGUCUGAACAGCCUUUAUGGAGAGGCGGGAGCGGCGCUGACCUUUGACCUGUUGAAGUACGAUGAAGACACCCUCACUGCUCUUCUGCGUGUUUACAGCAGGGGUUUGGUGAAGCUGUGGAGCUCUCUGACUCUGCUGGGCUUCUACCAGAAACGGGCCUGUGCCUUCAGGGUGCUGCAGGUGUCUCCGUUCCUUCUUGCGCUGACUGGAAACAGUCGAGAGCUGCACCUGGACUGAAGGAGGAGCAGCGUCGUUCUUCAGGAUGACUUCCCUGUGGCGCAUCGUCCUCAACAAACCGCGGCUGCGCCUCUCUCGCCCUC